AAGCUCCAAAGUAGCUCUGCAACUGCAAAUUUAACCCCAAAGUCACUGCCACAAAUAAAGAAAGCAAAGCUAACACGAGUCCGGCGAGUUUUGAAUCCUCCUUCUAUGGCAUGAUUUCCAUUUCUUCUUCCGUUUUCCACGGGAAGACACUUCCCUUCUCUUCUUUAUCUUCUCUCGAAUUCUUCAGUUCCUUCUCGAAAUUAUUGAUCUUGAUUUGAGCUUAAGAGAAGAGAAGAGAAAAAUUAGUGUUUCAGUAGUGAGAUCUAAUUCUCUUCCCAUGUUUUUCUCUAUAGAGUAGCAAUUAGAACUUCAAUCUUCAAUUUCAUUACCAUUACAUUGUUUCCGAUUCACAAAGUUGACUUUUUUUUCUUUGGUUUUAGCUUCAGUCACUUAUUUCCAAACACAAAUGCUACAGAAUUUAGCUUCUUCCAAGAUUCUUCAGUUGGGUGUACUAAAGUCUUGAAAUUUCUUUGUUUAAACAUUAAAAGUUUCUGUUUUGAUCGUUAGGUGUGCUUCACUGGUCUAUGAUGAUGAAUGUGUUAUAACUCUGUAUCUAUUCAUGUCGAUUCUAUGUGGUUGUUGCCCUCUUUUGGAAUGUGUAUACUGUCUUGGUUGUGCUCGUUGGGGUUAUAAACGUUGCCUUUACACGGCUGGUCACGACAGUGAAGAUUGGGGGCUUGCAACAACUGAUGAAUUCGAACCAGUUCCUCGGUUUUGUCGUUAUAUUUUAGCUGUUUACGAGGAUGAUAUUCGAAAUCCUUUAUGGGAGCCUCCAGAAGGAUAUGGGAUUAACCCUGAUUGGUUGCUUCUAAAGAAGACUUAUGAAGAUACUCAGGGUCGUGCUCCAGCUUAUAUAUUGUAUCUUGAUCAUGUUCAUCAAGAUAUAGUUGUUGCGAUCCGGGGGUUGAAUUUGGCGAAAGAGAGUGAUUAUGCGAUGCUUUUGGAUAAUAAGCUUGGUGAAAGGAAAUUUGAUGGCGGUUAUGUGCACAACGGGCUGGUGAAGUCUGCGGGUUAUGUUUUAGAUGAGGAAUGUAAAGUUUUGAAAGAAUUGGUGAAAAAGUAUCCGAGUUAUACUCUGACUUUUGCUGGACAUUCACUUGGGUCUGGUGUAGCUACAAUGUUGGCUUUGUUAGUGGUUCGGCAUCCGGAAAGAUUGGGGAACAUUGAUAGAAAGAGAGUUAGGUGUUUCGCUAUUGCGCCUGCUAGGUGUAUGUCGUUGAAUUUGGCUGUCAGAUAUGCAGAUGUGAUCAACUCUGUCAUACUUCAGGAUGAUUUCUUGCCCAGGACAGCUACGCCUCUAGAAGACAUAUUCAAGUCUGUGUUCUGUUUGCCAUGUUUGCUAUGCAUAAGGUGCAUGAAGGAUACAUGUGUUCCAGAGCAAAAGAUGCUCAAAGAUCCUAGACGGCUUUAUGCACCUGGUCGCAUGUAUCACAUCGUCGAAAGAAAGCCUUGCAGAUUAGGAAGAUAUCCUCCGGUCGUGAAGACAGCAGUUCCAGUAGACGGAAGGUUCGAGCAUAUUGUUCUUUCUUGUAACGCAACUUCAGACCAUGCCAUCAUCUGGAUCGAACGAGAAGCUCAGAGAGCUCUCAACCUAAUGAUGGAGAAGGAGAAGAAAAUGGAGAUUCCAGAGAAGCAAAGGAUGGAGAGGCAAGAAUCAUUAGCCAGAGAGCACAACUUGGAGUACAGAGCGGCGUUAAGACGAGCAGUAACGUUAGAUGUUCCUCACGCGGAGUCAAUGGCCUCUGAGUACGGAACAUUCGACAAAGCUCAAGAAGACCAGACCGAAGAAGAAGAAGAAACAGAGGAAGAAGAAGAAGAAGAAAAAGAAGAAACAGACUUGAUUGCACCAAUGGUGGGUGAAUCAUCAUCAUCAUCUUCUGUUCGACCAACUUACAGGAAGAAACGGAACCGUAGAGUUAGUUGGGACGAACUAAUCGAACAUCUCUUUGAACGAGACGAGUCUGGUAACUUGACAUUCGAGAAAUCAGAUUUGCCUCAAUGAUCAAGAUUCAAGUUCUUUAUCUAUGUAUGUAUGUGAAUGAUAUUGUAUUGUGUAAAAACAGUUCAUUACAAUCAUCAUAAUACAGACCACAUUGGUCUGAGUUUUAUUACAGAGGAUUUCUCAUAAA